UAUGUCAUCAAGCGUGGUAGCCUACCUGGGUAACGAACUAAUUUCAGGUUAAUUUACUCCGUGGAAGCUCGUCGAAACGAUUGAAGAAAGAUAUGGAAAUGGCUCUUCAAAUGAAUCUAGAACCAAUUUUUGAUCCAACAGAAACCCACCACACUGGUGAUAUCAAACGAACAAUAAAAAUGGAGUUCUCAAAUGACAGUAAUUAUCCGGAAAAUCGUUGGUCUCGAUAUUUCGAAGGCGAAUCAUCGAGCGAUUCCGAUCACAGCGAGAAAAAAAUGAUUGCCUGUUAUGCACGAAACGACGAUAUGCAAAACAUCGCGAAUCCACACCACAGUCUGCCGGCAGUCUGUGCACGUUCCUACGAAAGCGUCAGAACGAAACCAAAUCCUAACAAUGCACGUAGAAAGCGCUACAUGUGGCACCGAAGGCAGGGUUUAUCUUCAAAGGAAGCAUGGGAGAAAUCCAAACAACCUAUGCCAGCUAAAUUGCAAGCGGCCAGAAAGUUCAAACGGAGUGUUAACAUAAGACGUUCUCCUCCUUCAUCGUGGAGAGGAAAAAACUGGAAUUACUUGAAAAACUGGGAACUUUCGGGCAUGUCUACCGAGCCUCACAGGCCGUUGACAAACAUGUUUGAUAGAAACACAAUGCACGAAAACGAAAGAGAACCUGCCGAGGUCAUGAAUAGAGAAAAUGCAACGCCUUAUCCUGCGUCUUGGAGAGAAAGAAACUGGAACCAUUCUAACGUGUUUGUCAAUCCUGAAAAUUCACAGAGGACAGGAAUGUUUGAUGGUGGAAACUCAACGCAUUCGCAAAUAUAUGACCACGAAAGAGAAACUAACUUUAGCGCGAUUAACACGGAUAUCAAAAUUGGCAUUAUUCCCAAGAACUAUCCCGAAGCACUUUUGGGCACAGAGGAGGCAGCUAACAUCAGAAAAGUGGUAUUACAACUGAUGGUGACGCAAAGGGCUAACAAUAAUAUUAAGCCACAAUUCACCCAGAACACCGAACUCAGAUUGGGCUUCAUGGUGUUUCACUGCUCCGAUGAAGGAACUGCUAGGUGGCUUGAACAACAGGUGCACUGGGAUGAUCUGGGCUGUUACACGGUAAGGGAAUCGGAAAUCCCAACCGGACUUGCCGUCGUGGGACAUUUUCAGGACAGUGCUGAGGACACGACUGACUUCAUUCUUGGCAUGAUAGAGGCACAAAAUGACCUGCUGAGUUCUGGCUGGAGGCAACUCGAUCGUCAAAAUUAUGAAAAUCUGGCCAUUCUCACCCUGGAGGUGGAUCCCUGCUCCUGGCAGACACUUGAACGGCUGGGAUUCGAGAUAGUUUUUGAGUUCGGUCAAAAGGUUCAGCUGAAGCCGACUGCUAUGGAAGAAGGGGGUUACACGUGGUGUUAAGUUUUGUGUGGAUACUAUUUAUUUCUAAUAUUUCUUUGUUUUCUUGUUUAUAAA